CUUCCUGCGGGCGGGGCGGUGCAGCCUGGGCCCGGCUCGGCUCCGGGGCCCCCCGCAGCAUGUGAGCCCGGCGGGGCGGGGAUGCUCUGGCUGCUCUGCGGCCCCUCCCGCGCCAUGGAGAGCCAGGCGCUGGUUAUCCGCAUCAAAAUUCCCGACGGCGGGGCUGUCGACUGGACCGUUCACUCGGCUCCUCAGCUGCUCUUCAGGGACGUGCUGGAUGUCAUUGGUCAAGUUCUGCCAGAUGCAACGACAACAGCAUUUGAGUAUGAAGAUGAGGAUGGUGAUCGGAUCACGGUUAGAAGCGAUGAAGAAAUGAAGGCCAUGCUGUCCUAUUAUUACUCCACUGUAAUGGAACAGCAAGUAAAUGGACAGUUAAUAGAGCCUCUACAGAUAUAUCCAAGAGCCUGCAAGCCUCCUGGGAAACGGAACAUACAUGGCCUGAAGGUAAAUACACGAGCAGGCUCUGCUAAUAAUAGCAGCUCGGCAGUGUCGGAGUCCCUUCCAAGCAAUAGCUUAAAAAAGUCUUCUGCAGAGCUGAAGAAAAUACUUGCAAAUGGCCAGAUGAAUGAACAAGACAUACGGUAUCGAGACAUCCUCGGUCAUGGCAAUGGAGGCACAGUCUACAAGGCUUAUCAUGUCCCUAGUGGAAAAAUACUCGCAGUAAAGGUCAUACCCUUAGAUAUAACACUGGAGCUCCAGAAGCAGAUAAUGUCGGAGUUAGAAAUUCUUUAUAAGUGUGACUCAUCAUAUAUCAUAGGAUUUUAUGGUGCUUUUUUUGUAGAAAACAGAAUUUCAUUGUGUACAGAGUUCAUGGAUGGGGGUUCUUUGGAUGUUUAUAGAAAAAUUCCAGAGCAUGUACUGGGAAGAAUAGCAGUAGCUGUUGUGAAAGGCCUUACCUAUUUAUGGAGCCUAAAGAUUUUACACAGAGAUGUGAAACCAUCUAAUAUGUUGGUGAACACGCGAGGCCAGGUGAAGCUGUGUGACUUUGGGGUCAGCACGCAGCUGGUGAAUUCUAUAGCCAAGACGUAUGUUGGAACAAAUGCUUAUAUGGCGCCUGAGCGGAUUUCAGGAGAACAGUAUGGAAUUCAUUCUGACGUUUGGAGCCUCGGGAUUUCCUUCAUGGAGCUUGCUCUUGGGAGGUUUCCAUAUCCUCAGAUUCAGAAAAACCAGGGAUCUUUAAUGCCUCUCCAGUUAUUGCAGUGCAUUGUUGAUGAGGAAUCACCCGUCCUUCCAGCCGGGGAGUUCUCUGAGCCAUUUGUACACUUCAUCACUCAAUGCAUGAAAAAGCAACCAAAGGAAAGGCCAGCACCUGAAGACUUAAUGGGCCACCCCUUCAUCGUGCAGUACAACGACGGGAACGCGGAGGUGGUGUCCAUGUGGGUCUGCAGGAUGCUGGAGGAGCGGAGAUCGACGCAAGGGCCGCAGUAGCCCGGCAGCAGCUCACCCAGCCCCAGGCUCCCAGCUCUCAGCCUCUCUGCAGCAUAUUUUACUACCAAAAUAUUUCCUAGAAGCAUCAGCAAAGUCUUUUGGGACCUUUGUUGCUGCCUUUGCCUCACCACCGUGUUAAGGGGUUUUCCUCCCAUGUUUCUUUUGUUGCUGAGCGAUUUAACGUCCUCGGAUUUAUCUUCAGUUAAACUGUGCACAGCCUUAAAGCAAGUAUUUUAUAUCUAUAUUUUUUUUGUUAUUGGAUGUAUUGUA